AUGUGGGAGGUAUUUGAUGAAGCCUCUAAAGAGGAUCAGAAGAUCUACAAUUUCGCUAUAGGGGAUCAGGAGGUGUAUGAUGUCUCUAUAGGGGAUCAGGAGGUGCAGUUUCUUAGUAAAGGAUCAGUAGAUUUGCGAUGUCUGUGUAGGGGAUCAGGAGGUAUAGAAUGUCACUAUAGGGGAUCAGAAGAUGUCUUUGUAGAGGAUCAAGACAUCCAUGAUGUUUCUGUAGGGGAUCAGGAGGUGUACAAUGUCUCUAUAGGGGAUCAGAAGGUGUGUGAUGUCUCGGGAAAGUAUCAGGACAUCUAUGAUGUUUCUGUAGGGGAUCAGGAGUUGUAUAAUGUCUCUAUAGGUGAUCAGGAGGUGCACAAUGUCUCUGGGGAUCAGGGGCUGUACAAUGUCUCUAUAGGGGAUCAGGGGGUGCACAAUGUCUCUAUUGGGAAUCAAGAGGUGCACAAUGUGUCUAUAGAGGAUCAGGAGGUGCACAAUGUCUCUAUAGGGAAUCAGGAGGUGAACAAUGUCUCUAUAGGGAAUCAGGAUGUGUACAAUGUCUCUAUAGGGGAUCAGAAGGUGAACAAUGUUUCUGGGGAUCAGGAGGUGUACAAUUUCUCUAUAAGGGAUCAGGGGGUGCACAAUGUCCCUAUAAGGAAUCAGGGGGUGCACAAUGUCUCUAUAGGUGAUCAGGAAGUGUACAAUGCCUCUAUAGGGGAUCUGGAGGUGCACAAUGUCUCUGGGGAUCAGGGGUUGUACAAUGUCUCUAUAAGGGAUCAGGAGGUGUACAAUGUCUCUAUAGGGGAUCUGGAGGUGCACAAUGUCUCUGGGAAUCAGGAGGUGUACAAUGUUUCUGUAGAGGAUCAGAAGUUAUGCAAUGUCUCUAUAGGGGUUCAGGAGUUGUGGGGUGUCUUUGUAUGGGGAUUAGAAGGUUUACAAUGUUUGUGUAGGGGUUUAAAAUGUGUACAAGUUCUCUAUAGGAGACCAGCAGGUGUAUGGUGUCUCUAUAGGUGAUCAGGAGGAGUACAAUGUCUUUAUCUAUGUCAUCCUCUCUGUUGUUACAAUCCUCGCUGUCUGAUUCAUCAGCAUAUUUCUAGUUUUUGUUAAACAUGGAAAUGAGAAGCAUAUUAAAUAUCAAAUACAAGAAGAGAACCAUCUAAAGCAAAUCCUUUACAGUUCUAUACAGAUACUGGGAUGACUAGUGUUACCUAAGUGGAUGCUGAUGAUAGUGAUGUCACACACUUACUCUAUGUCACACCCCUGAUCCAUUUUACUGCAGUUAAACGUCACUAGAAGGGAUGAUUGAGUUAAUAAUAAAUCUGCUGAAAUGAGAUAUAUAUCAGACCAAAACCAACAGCAGUUUAUUCUAAACGAGUGCUAGUUUAGUUUCUAAUGAGAUGCAUGUCUGUAACAGCAUGUUUCUAUUAAACAUGUGCCGGUGUUAUCACACAUGUAUAACAUCUGAAUUAGAAUUUGUCUAUGGUGAAGCGUUGUGGUCAGUCUAUUGUGUGAAACAGUCAAGCACAGUGACAUCUGCAUGCGCAUGUUUUUUUAUAAUAAUAACCCAAAACAAUCAACCAUAAGUGUGUGUUAAUAAAAAGAUGCAUCCCUGUAUACAUGUUAUAAACCAUCCAUAUAUCUGUAUUACAUAUUAAUUUAUGAUCUGUUUGUCAUGGUGAGGUGAAACAGCACAGGCAUGAAUUAUUCUCAUGAUGGUUCAGAUGGGUUCAGGUAUAUGGUGUUGUGUUUGAGGUGUCAAAGCUGUUCACCGCUCAAAUCUCCAACCAACUGUUUUUUGUUCCUUUCCUUUCCCUCUCAUCAUCUUGUCUGCCUGGGCAGAACAUCUUGGGAUUGAAUUUAUG